CUGCAAACCUGGACCGGCUAUCACCACCCACACUUGGAGGUGCCGACAUUUGCUCCCAGUCACCUGUGUUGGCUCCUGAUUCAUUGGGUUCAUCUGCAGCUACACCAAGAAUACACAGGGGAGGCAGACCCAAAAUUGUGAGGACUCCAAGGACCACUUCUCUAAUUCAGUCACUAAGGGCGUCACGUGACAAGCUGCGAAAAAGUCUGUUUCGUGCAAGAAGAACUGCUUCGACAGCACAGCUAAGUACCUUGUCAAGAGCUCAGAUAAUUAACGGUGCAUCACGGUAUAUGUCAAAGGAGGCACUUGAAAUUUUCAGGGUUCAGUUGUACCUGCAGCGUUUUCGCAAGUAUGGGCGCCGGUGGCCUGAGUACUUCCGGGGUUUAGCCCUAAAAUUGCACUUCAUGGGGCCGAGGGCUUACAGAUUUUUAAGUCGGUUCCUGGCUUUGCCAACUGAGCGUACCCUCCGUACUUGGCUAAAGGAUAUUCAUGUGGAGCCUGGAGUGCUGCCCGAAGUUCUCAAUAGGCUGGAGGCCAAGCUUAAGGAUCUACCACUGAAGGACCGUACAUGCAUGUUGAUGUUUGAUGAGAUGUCUAUCAAGCAGCAUCUACAGUAUGAUCGCGGUUCUGAUGUGGUGCUUGGUUUUGUUGACAAUGGCCAAGAGAGAGAACCUCAGUUGGCAAACUCAGCUCUUCUCGUAAUGCUGUCCGGUAUCUCUACAACGUGGAUCCAGCCCCUAGCGUAUGUUCUGUCGAAAUCCGCAGCUUCAGCAAAUACUCUGCAGGCUCUGCUCGUACAAUUGAUUCAACGGUUGCAAUCAGCAAAUAUUUUUGUAAAGGUGGUUGUCUGUGACCAAGGUUCAAGCAACUGUGCCUUAGCUAGAAAUUUGGAAGUAUCCCCCUCACAGCCAUAUUUUCUUGUGAAUGACCACAAGGUGUAUUUUAUGUUUGACCCUCCGCACCUGAUGAAGACAACCCGGAAUCUUUUGCUCAAGUAUGACCUUCUGAAUGGGAGUGCUGAGAAAAAGGUUCAGUGGGCUUUCAUCAAACAGUUCUAUGAGAGUAACUACCCCCUCAAGGCACGCCUUGCACCGAAGCUCACAGAGAACCAUAUCAACCCAACAGUGUUCAACCGCAUGAGGGUCAAGUUUGCAACACAAGUCCUUAGUGACAGCGUGUCAGCAGGCAUUGCGGUUCUCAUUGUAGUGGGAGAGAUGCCACCUGCUGCUGCUGCGACAUCAGAUUUCUUGCAACAGAUGGAUAUUCUCUUUGAUACCCUUAACAGUUCUUCAACUGCUCAGAGCGAGGACAAAAAAAUGAGAUAUGCGAUAUCAGCAUCUACUAAGCAUAAAGAAAUUUUGCAAUCUGCCGCCGAGCGAAUUUCUAACUGGAAAUUUAUUGGUUGUGCUAGAGAGCCACCAACAGUGAAUGGUUGGCAAGUAACAAUUAAUGCUGUGCUUGCGUUGUGGGAUGACCUCCAUGAGAAUUCGAACUUUGAGCACUUGCUCACGAGGCGACUCAACCAAGAUCCCCUAGAAAACAUGUUUGGACAGUUUCGGCAAAUGCAUGGAAGCAAUGAAACACCUAAUGCAUUUCAGUUUGUUGCUGGUUUGAAGCAUACAUUGGCAAGCAAAGUUGUCAAUGCGACAGGCAGGGGUAACUGCGAAGCUACUGAGCUGAGCCUAAUCCUCAAUGAACUAAAACGCAUGCCAUUUUCUACUGUUACAUCUGUUCCACCAGAGGAACCAGAGCAUGAUCUGCCUUCAAGCGAGACAUCAGAUACGUCCCCUGACAUUGGUCCUGCUGAUCUAAAUGCGCACUUUGCAUAUGCAGGACACUUGGUUGAAUUGUUCCUCAAAAUGUCACACUGUAGCAACUGCAGUGAACUACUCAAAGGGACACAGGAUGACCUUCAGGACCCUUCUAGCGUGUUUCUUUAUUUGCGUGCUAAUGAACAAACCUGUGUCCCUUCAAGUGCCUUCUUUGAAUAUUAUCAGAAACUGGAGACGACAUUUCAGGCAAAUGUUGUGGAAAAUCCCCCGACGGUUGACGAGCCUCUGGAAAUUGACCAGCUAGACGCUAGCUCACAAUCUGACGCCUCAGCGGAUGCCUCCUACAACCAGUAUUGUGACACCGAUUUCACUGGAGAUGAGGGAAAUUUUGAACUACCAUCACAAGAAAGGAAACACCUUCGUCGCGCUCAACGCCGUGCUAGUUACUCCAGCGAUGAUACAGUGAAAUCUGUGCAAGCCCGUCGUCUCCCUCAGGGAUUAACAGUGCUCUUUCGGCCAAUUGCCCCAAAGCAGGCUGCUAUUGGUGUCAUCAAUGUGCCAGACAUUCCAAUCAGUGACCCUCUCAUCUUCCAACGGCUACGCUCAGGAGUUUCCGUCACGUCUAUCAAACGCAUAGGAAAGACCGAAUCUGUCAAACUUGUGUUUGUUACAAGCCCUACGCCUAAGUUCGUCCACAUCGGCACGGUUAAGUUCCCUGAAAAACCCUCCUCUACACUGCACCUACGUGAGGACGCAGCUAGCAAGAAGUCCUCGCCACCAGCUCGGCCCACAAUUGAGUCAUUCAUAGGCAUCGCCUUCGCUGUUAUCAGAGCCAUCAUUGAAUGCCCUGGGCUUCCAGCCACGGUCCGCUCGAUUGUUUCCCUUAUCAUCCCACUCCAAGACGGCAUCAUCAGCCUUUCCGCCGCCUGA